AUGGCGGAGGAGGAAGUAGCGACAUCCGGCGGCGGAUCGGAAUUGAAUCAAUUCGUCUCCGGCGUGAUUUCCAAGUCGACCCAUUUGAAUCAUUUGAAGCAAGUUCAGUCCUUUCUCAUCGUCGCUGGGCUAAGUCAUUCACAUUUCCUCUGUUUCAAGCUUCUUCGUUUCUGCACUCUUCGUCUCUCCAAUCUCUCUUACGCUCGCUUUAUCUUCGACCGCUUCUCCUCCCCCAAUACACAUCUAUACGCCGCCGUUUUGACAGCUUACUCUUCCUCUCUACCUCUCCAUGCUUCCUCUGCUUUCUCCUUUUUCCGUCUCAUGAUCAACCGCUCUGUUCCUCGUCCUAAUCACUUCAUCUACCCGCUUGUUCUCAAAUCCACACCACAUCUCUCCUCACCUUUCUCAACUCCAUUGGUGCAUUCACACUUGUUAAAGUCCGGGUUUCAUCACUACGUCGUCGUGCAAACCGCUCUGCUUCACUCUUACGCCUCCUCUGUUUCUCACAUCCAUCUUGCAAGACAACUGUUCGACGAAAUGUCUGAGAGAAACGUAGUCUCGUGGACUGCUCUGCUUUCUGGGUAUGCGAAGUCUGGUGAUAUCUCUAACGCUGUUGCUCUAUUCGAAGAGAUGCCUGAGCGUGAUGUUCCUUCCUGGAACGCGAUUCUUGCUGCUUGUACACAGAACGGUCACUUCGUGGAAGCGAUUUCUCUGUUUAGAAGGAUGAUCAAUGAGCCUCGUGUUGGUGUUCGUCCUAAUGAGGUAACUUUGGUUUGUGUCCUCUCCGCUUGUGCUCAAACCGGUACGCUCCAGCUGGCUAAAGGGAUCCACGCCUUUGCGUACCGUCGUGCUCUGUCUUCUGAUGUGUUCGUUUCGAAUUCUUUGGUUGAUUUGUAUGGGAAAUGUGGAAACUUGGAGGAAGCAAGCUCUGUUUUCAAGAUGACGAACAAGAAAAGUUUAACAGCUUGGAACUCCAUGAUCAAUUGCUUUGCCCUCCAUGGUAGAAGUGAAGAAGCUAUAGCAGUGUUUGAAGAAAUGAUAAAGUUGAACAGUAACGAGAUAAAACCGGAUCACAUUACCUUCAUUGGUCUUCUCAAUGCAUGUACUCAUGGAGGUUUGGUAUCGAAAGGCCGAGAUUAUUUCGAUCUCAUGACAGAUAAAUUUGGUAUUGAGCCAAGGAUUGAGCACUAUGGCUGCCUAAUUGAUCUUCUAGGGCGAGCAGGUCGGUUUGAUGAAGCGUUGGAAGUUAUUUCCGGGAUGAAGAUGAAACCAGAUGAGGCUAUUUGGGGCUCAUUGCUCAAUGCUUGUAAGAAAUAUGGUAAUUUGGAUUUGGCUGAAGUUGCUGUGAAAAACCUGGUUGCUUUGAAUCCAAACAAUGGAGGUUAUGUAGCUAUGAUGGCAAAUUUGUACGGAGAGAUGGGUAAUUGGGAAGCGGCAAGAGGAGCUAGGAAGAUGAUCAAGCACCAAAAGGCUUAUAAAACACCAGGCUGUAGUUGGAUUGAGAUCGAUAGCGAGGUCCAUCAGUUCUAUUCUCUUGAUGAAUCGCAUCCGAAGACUGAGGAGAUUUAUAUGAUACUUGACAGUUUGGUUUCUGUCUGA